UGUUUAUUCUCAUUUAUAUGGCACGUGUUUAAGAUUCAGAGAUAAUGCGUGCAUUUUCUUGGCAUCUCAAUUGCGGAUAAAUCACCUUAAUACCUCAUAGUGUUAAAUGAGUUGAUUUAUCAAAUGAACUAAGCUAUUCGGUAACACGUUAUACUGGCUGUUCGCCGCGUAACGCUCCAGUUAGCGCUGGCAAAUCUCGUCACCGUACAACGUGAAAUUACUAAUAAGAAACAUUUAAGUGAAGUGUCACGAUUUUAAAUUGUUCUCAAAUAAAAGUUUAAAUUGAACUUUACCAAAUAUCAGUUAGUUGAAAGAUUUUAUAACGGCGGAUUGAGGUUAUUACCAUCUUAUUGACUUUGAAACUGUACAUCCUGAAACUUUAUAACCAUCGAAAGACGACGAACUUAUGAAUUCGUUUAAAAGGAGGACCGAAAAUGGAUGGGAUCUUUUCAAAGACGACAAAUACGAAAAAUCAAAAUUUCAUAGACCCAUGCCUCACGUCCAUUUUUUAGGUUUACUCUGCUUAAUCCUUAUCGUAUUUUCAUUAGUAAUUUUCAUAGAAAAACAAUUACCAGCUGCUCUUAAGAUAGAAGACGAAAACAAACACCCCGAAACGUUUAUAGCGGAAAGGGCGUACAACGUAUUAAAAAAUUUAACUAAAAUCGGUCCUCGAAUAGCCGGUAGUUACGAAAACGAAGUAUAUGCCGUUCAGGUUCUCAAAAGCGAAAUAGAUAAUAUAAUGAAAGAUGCCAAUGAAAAUCAUGUGAUACAAUUAGACAUUCAAAAAGCAUCUGGCGCUUUCAAUUUGGAAUUUCUCGACGGUAUGACCAACGUUUAUCAAGAUGUACAAAACGUAAUUGUCAAAAUAGGAUCUAGAAUAAAUUCACCGCACAGUCUGCUCAUCAAUUGUCAUUUCGAUUCGGUUGUUGAUAGUCCAGGCGCCAGCGACGAUGGAGCCAGUUGUGCGGUUAUGCUCGAGAUCUUAAGAGUUUUAUCAAAAUCCACUAAAAUGUUGAGACAUAAUAUAAUAUUUCUGUUUAAUGGAGGAGAAGAAAACUUUAUGCCGGCCUCACAUGGGUUUAUUACGCAACAUAAAUGGGCUAAAGAAGUUCGUGCAUUUAUUAAUUUGGAAGCAUGCGGAGCGGGAGGUAGAGAAGUACUGUUCCAAGCAGGUCCAAAUCAUCCGUGGAUAUUGGAAACUUAUUCCGAAGAAGUACCUUAUCCUUACGCUUCAUCUUUAGCUCAAGAAAUUUUUCAGAGUGGUAUUAUUCCAGGUGAUACCGAUUACAGAAUUUUUCGAGAUUUUGGAAAUCUCUCAGGAUUAGAUUUCGCUUGGUCGGCGAAUGGAUAUGUAUACCACACUAAAUUCGAUUCAGUGGAACAAGUACCGCUCGGAUCGCUUCAAAGAACGGGAGAUAACAUCCUAGCUUUAGCUAAAGGCAUGUCACAGGGUCAUCAAAUUUCCGACAUCGAAAAAUAUCAACCGGGACAUUUGGUAUUUUUCGAUUUCUUGGGGGCUUUCGUUAUCCGAUGGCCUAUGUUAAUAGCCGACAUUGUUAAUCUAUCGUCAGUGAUAUUUUCUUUAUAUUCUUUGUACGGAAACUUCAAGAGUGCUAAAAUUACCGACGGUUUAAACAACGAACGGUACUCAAGAAAGCUUGUGGGUUGUAUGAUAAUUGUUUUUAUGGCUUGGAUAAUAUCAGUUAUAUCGACACUUGGUAUAGCAGCACUAUUGACUUGUUUAGGUCGUACUAUGAGCUGGUACGCCCGACCUUUCUGGAUUUUCUUUCUAUAUGUGAUACCUACUCUAGUCAUAUCCAUGCUAACUUUACUUCUGCACGCCAAAAUGUUUAACAAGGAUAUUGAAACUUCACCCUGGACAUUAUUUCAACUAUAUUACGAUGCAUAUCAACUACUUUGGACUAUAGUAUUAUUAUUAGGAGUAGUUUUAAGAUUACGUUCAAGUUUCAUACCACUUCUUUGGGUUUUCUCCGCCGCAUUAGGAAAUGUAUUAAAGUCUACAUUAUUCGGUAAAUGGAGAGAUUCAAAGUGGCUUCUCCUUCACAUAUCCGUAUUCGGAUUGCCUUUCGUGCAAUGCUUCUACUUAAUCAUAGGAGCCCUCUACCUCUUCAUACCGAUAAUGGGUCGAGCAGGAUCCGGUAGUCACGCCGAAUUUCUCCUUUCGAUUUUCGUCACUUCAAUAUUUGCGAAUUUAUUUACUUUCGUCGUACCAUUGGCGAUAUUAGUUAGAGGUAUCGAAAGAAUUUUUAGCCUGUUGACAGGACUGUUUCUUCUAUCUCUGGCUAUUAUAAUAUUGACUCCAUUGGGAUUUCCGUAUUCGGGAGAAACUGGAGCGUUGGCUCCACAGAGAUUUAUGAUAGCGCACACGCAUAGAACAUUCCAUGACAUAUCAGGAAAAGUUGUGAACGAAUCAACUGGCUAUUGGUUCGCUGAUAUGGACCCUAAUAGUCCGCAUUCAGUUGAUAGACACGUUCCGGAUAUGAAAAAUGCAGAAUUAGUUAACAAAGAUUGUGAAAGUUACCUAUAUUGCGGGCUACCAUACCUCGUACCAGUAUUAACAAUGAUAUGGAAAACUCAUUGGCUACCCGGUCCGCCUCCAGUUAUUUUGAAACCAGUUUCUAUGAAAAUUUUGAAUAGAACGAUCACCACCGUCGGAGAGAAAAUUACCAUCAAGGUAGAUGGUCCUACACAUAUUGGUGUUAUGAUAUCUCCGGUGUCCGGGGUGGAAAUUGAAAGUUGGAGUUUACCUACAAACGAACCAUUAGCCGGUCCAUUGUGGAAUGGAAGGAAAACAUAUUUUAUUUAUUACGCCUAUGGUUUGGAACCUGUUCCGUUGGUAUUUUCAAUAAAUUUCAAAACUCCGAAAAAUCAUAAAGAGCCUAUAAUGGAUUUGGCUAUAACUUCCCACUACUUGUUCGGUCCGGGUAAGGCCUCAAAGGAAUUUAAACAACUCAUUAAUCAAUUUCCGUCGUGGACGGCAAUUAAUUAUUGGACGGCGUCGUACGAAUCGUGGAUAGUUUAGAAAUAAAUUAUGUAUAUUAACAAUCAGUAUGGAACCUCAAGUUUAUCGAUUCUGUUCGACUAUGAUCUUGUUUUGACUAUUAUGCAACAUCAAUCUGUAUAUUGCAAUUAAUUACAACACUGCCGCUAUUAAUUAAUUCAUAUUUGCAGUAUUUUUUGGUUAAAAAGUGUUCGACAACAUGACACUUUAGUGAAUGUUUUGAUUGUACCAUGAAAAUCAUCCCAGAUAUAAAUCAAACCAGUGUAUAGUGAAUAAUAAUUAUCCAAAGGCAAUAAAUAUUCUCCCUCUCGAAGGAGAUCUAUAGCAUCGAUACAGAUGCCAAUUUUUUUUGUUUGUUGUCAUUUUUACAGAUUUUUUUUCAAAUAGAAACGAUUAUAUUUAUUUUCUUUUUUAUUUAUACGAUUUCUAUUCCUGGGGUGAAUUAAUAAACACUCUCUUACGUUCUUAAUUUAUGUAAAUACUUUACACUUAUAUAAUUCACUUAUCACUAUCACUUAACUAAUUUAAAUUCUUAGAUUACUUUCUAUUUCGGUCUGUUCACUACGACUAUUUAUUAUAAAUUAACUGAACUGCACUACACAGCUCUUUAUAUAUCCCAAAAGAAUUUUAAAAACAAAGAAACAAAACAAA